UCUUUUGGGAAUUUUUAAGACAUAAAAUCUUGAUUAUUUCUAAUAUCCUCUAAUUUAAACAAGUUGUAAAAUAAUUAUGCAUUCAGUUAAUAUCAAUGUAUUCAAAAUAUGACCAAGAAUGAGAAAAACCAGCAAAGGGGUGAAAUCGUCCAAAAAUUUACAAAGGACGAUAAACAAUUGGAGUCCAAACUUCCUAGAAGUUUUGAUAACACCGUGAAUGAUAAAGACAAAAUUUGCAACAACGGCCCAGAUGAAAAGCCACAGGACAAUUUGAAGCAGAAUGAGGAGGACUACGUUGGAUACAGCAUCAUGUUGAAUAAUGAUAAUGGGGGCCCUGCCAUCCCAGUCUACACUCCCCAUAAUAAUCACUCUAGGAGUAGUACUGCUCUCUGAAUGGAGAAAAUCCAUUUUGCUCCUUUGAUCAGAAAUGAAGAGGUCAAGCAUCGAAAAAGUUUCCAAGACAAGGAUAUUCCAAUUUUUGACAUAAUCGCAAAGCAAGAUAAAUCAAACCAAAAUGCAUCACCUUACCAGAAGUCUGAAGAUAACCUUAAAAAAACUUUGAAAAGUUUCAUGACACAAUUUGCCAAGAUGAAGACCACGAAACAUACUCUUGACACACAAUUCACCGAAGAGAAAUAAAUAUAUAAAAUAUAAGACUUGGAAGAUACCUAAAAAUGUGAGAAUUAGUGACCCUAAGCUAGAGGAAGUUAUGAGUCAAGAUAGUAUAAGUUCCUUGCCAGUCUCAACAGAGUCAGUCAGUCAACGAGAGUCUGUCAAGAGCCCUGGAGAGCCUCUCUUUUCUACUCCAUCCAAGAAAAUCUUAGUGAAAAAGAAAUCCAGAAACACGGAGAAGAAGGAGAGCAAGCCGCAGAGCUUCUACUACUUUGACCCAAAGGUAGAGUCCAAAUUACUUUCCAAAGAGGACUUCAUGGCAGCCAAGGUCCGGAUUCUCUCCCUCAAGAAAGAGAGUAAAAACCGGAGAGCACGUCUCGAGCUCAAAAGAUUACAGCUUGAGGAGAAAAUCAAGAAAGAAGAGCUUGAAGAACUUCAGAAUAAAAUAGAAGAGGAGAGAAUCAAGUAUGAUAAUCGACACAAAAUUGAGCACAUACAAAACAGAAUAAUUAAGAGGAAGCAUGAAAAGGAAAAAUACCAAGAAUAUCUUAAAAUAGAACGUCUCAAAAAAAGAACUAAUUCUGUCAAGACUCCUUUGUACAAAAAGAUUGAGGAGGAUUUUGAGAAAAAUGUCAUCCUCCCUGAAAUUCAUGAGAAGCAACAGAAGUUACAAGAAUAUAAGAAAUUCAAAAACCGUCAACCAAGUUUGGCUUCUCUAAAGUCUCAUCAAGAGGAGCAUAAGAAGUUACUACAGAAGUUUCAGAAAGAAUUGACGCAACAGCGUGAUUACAAAAAGAAAUACCCUUCUAUAAAAGUUCCUCGGCCAGCUUUUCUGCAUCAAGAACCUAUCAAGAGUAGUCCAACGAUGACUCCAUCUCUGAAGACCUCCAAGAAUGUAGUCAUGAAAAUCCCAAAAAAAAAACCUAAGCCGGUUCAGGAGAAGCAGAUCAAGGGGUUUAAAAUUUAUAAAGUAGAUAGAGUGAUAUCAAUGACAGAGCUGAAUAAGAAAAUAAAGAAAGACAAGUCUAAGAGUGAGAAACAGUGCAAGACCCUAGUCCUGCCACCUUGGAACAGUAACAAAGAUAAGCAGUGAACUAAGCCUCCGAAAGUUCCAAUCAAGAUGCCUGUGCUUAAGCUCAAGAAGAGCCGGAAUGUCUCUGAUAACCUAAAGAAGAAAACAGAGGAUGACUUUAAUAAAAAGAAGAAAAUAGCUAUUAAUAAAAACAUUGACUUCCUGAAAGAGAUGAGGGAAAAAUAGGAAGAAUAAAAAGUGUAACAGUGAGCAAAGAUCCCUCAAUUCUUCAUAUAAAGCAUACUACAAUUGGGAUCAUGAAAUUAAGAAGGCUAGCAAUAGGGAAAACCUUAAGAGAGUUAUGAUACAAGCUCAGGAGUUGGAAGAUAGAGCAAAGAAAAAGGAAAUGAUUAUCUAUCAAAAUAAGAAAUUACAUUCCUCGAACCCAACAGAGCCUCUUAAGGUCAAUGAUAUGCUGAUUCAUUCAAUAAAAGCAAAAAUGAAAAUACUAGACCAACUGAACGAGUCUAAGUAAUGCUUAAUUUAAUUAGUUUUCUGGAACUUUCAAUC